GUUUGCAUUCAAAUUUCAUUAGACAAGGUAAUGGAAAAUAUGUCUCAUAGUCUAAACGUCAAGUCUCAAGUGAAAUUCCCAGUGUCCGUAUGAUAUCGGUCACUUCCUGGAUACGGUAAGCCCUGAUAUCUUUCCGCUUUUAGCAGAUUCCGUCCCCACUUCUCCAACCACGCCAAAAGUUCUUAUAACAGACACAGGCACAGCUUCACGAGCUUCAAUGUGAACAUCAGCCAAAUCAUGGACGGACGUGACAGAACUUUCCUCCUGCUCCAAGUAUUUCUCUGUUUCUUUGUCUUCGCUUCGACUGAGGAGACUAAGCAGAAUUGUUCUCAGGUACAGUGUCCAGGACCGCUGAUAUAUUACAAUGACGUGGGAUGCACUCCUGUGUACAAGAACGAAGGAGACUGUUGCGCCUACAAAUACAACUGUGACCAUCUAGAUGCUAGAUCACCAAAUAAGUGUUACAUUAAGCACAGGAGCUAUGAAGCUGGAGAAUUUGUAAAUCGUGAAGAUAUAAAAUUUUGUAACAAGAAAUGUGCCUGUGUGACUGGAAGGGAGUCAACAGGAUUCUGGUGCUUCCAAAUCCGCUAUGAUUAUGGUUUCGACUUUGACCCCAGUUGUUACCUGAAACGUAACAUUUAUGAAUGUGGUCCAGGAAUACCAACUUGCCAUAAAAACGAAUCGGAGAUUCCACGGUGCGUUGUGGAUGGGUAUACGUAUAUGGCCGGAAGAACCUUCGUACCAAAGAACGAGCCAUGGAAAUGGUGCAUCUGUCAGGAAGGCUAUAAGGAUGGUAAUUUUGAACCAUUCUGUGCAAUAUCGGAAAUCAGGUGCGAUGUAGAAUACUAUCAAAAUAAGGAAAUCGCCAAUAAAAAUGCACCAGUAUACGACGUGACUGAACAUCCUACUAUCAGUUGUACUAACCGUUGGCGUCGUCAAAACGCGGAAGAUACUGUAAUACCAAAUCCAAAUGGACCCAGAGCCUCUGAAGAAAACUCUUCUGGUGGAGAAGAUCUGACCUGCAAAUUUGGCAACCUCACCAUGAAUAUCGGGGACGAGCUUAGUCGAAAUGGAGACGAUUCGAGGUGUAUGAGAUGCAUUUGCGAAGUGCCGCCUACACCAACUUGUAAAACUGAUUAUUCUAAUUGCUUUUAAGCAAAUAUUUCUCUGGGUGGGAAAUGUAUUUGAAUAUAUAAUAUAGAGAGUCGCUGAAUUCUAUUUGAAGUUCUAGAAGUGAAUAAAAACAUUGAGUAGACUUGUAAGCGAAAUUCGACUGAGCUGCGAAUGUUGUUGUUUAUUAGCAGCUAAGAACUGAAGAAUAUUAAAACAUGAGCAAUAAAGAAAUAUACUGGUCCCUCUUGGCAGAUUUGUCCUGGCUUAAGGGUGCAGGACUCGUGAUUGCA